AUGCCCCAGCAACGGAGACGGCCUCCCAUGAGUCCUUUUGCGCAGGGAUACACUCCCCAAAUGAGAGAGGCAAUCAAAUGUUGCGUCUGCAAGCGGCGUCGCCCGAAGUCCCUGUACUCGAACAACCAACUGAACUACCUCCGCCAGGCAAUGUUCGAUCUUGGCUACAGCAGCCUGCGUGACCAGCAGGUUGCUAAGUGUGGGCCAUGCACAAAUGCUCAGGUUUGUGAGGAGCUGUGUCAUCGUUGCGGUCACUACCGUGCCAUCGACCAGUUCGCCAGAAACCAACGGAAUCGCGAGAACCCGCUCUGCCAGCCCUGUAUGAACUACCAGAUGUCUCUCGACCCUGCCGAUCAACCUCUUGCAAUCACGGACAAGGUUGUGGCUGAGGGCGAGGAAGGGGAUGAGGAAGAGGAGGUCAACUCUGAGUCUGCGGGCCGUUCUGGAUCUGUGGCUCUGUCUGGUUCCGUGGGACACCCUGACUCUGUCAUGCUCUCUGGCUCUGUAGGUUGGCUGGAGAGCCUGGAACAGGGCACCGAGCGAGCUCUUGUCCUGCACGAUGAUUCCACGGAUAGCGAGGGUAAGGAUAAACGGGGCGGCUUUGCAAGAGUCAAGGCACACCGUGGCCGCCAGGAGCCUGUUCCCGACCCCGAGCCCGCCCCAGGCUGGGCACCUGGUACUCGCAAGAUCAACGAUGGCACUCCUUGGAAAGGAGGAAGGUUUCUCUAA